CUGCUGCUGCGGGCGGCGGCGUGGCCGCCGACGGCGGGGCUGUCGGCGCCUGGGCCCCCGUGGGGCCCGCGGCCGCGGCUGGCGCUGGGGCCCCCGUCGCUGCAGGUGCGGCGCCCCCGCGCGACGCCGCCGAGGGCCCCUUCGGGCCCUUGCAGGCGUGCGACGGGCCCGCUGCCGAUCGGGUCUGGCUCGCGUGCGAGAGCGCCGAGGGCCGCGAUACCCUCGGCAUGGAGGUUCGGUCCGUGCUGUCGAGCGAGUGCGUGAGCUUCGCUGCCCGCUUGAGGUCUCGAUACCAGUCGGCCGACGCGCCCGUCGGUGCUCAGGCUGUCGGCGGUGUCGAGACCCCUCGCGUUGACCUCGAUGAUGACGUCAGGACGUUGUGGGUCGACUACGACGAGGCAGGGAAUCGGUUCAAGUCCUUCAAGAAGGCUGCGCAGGAGAGGCGCGAGGAGCCCAUCGCGGCCGCGGAGGUGCAGGGCCCGCCUGGCACUCUCCACGUCGCUCGGUUCAUCGGGCGCUAUGGUGGCGGCCCGCGGCGGUGGUGGCAGGGUUUCGCUCGAGACCAUGGCAUCAACAAGACGGACAGGGUCUACCAUGAGAUGACGAACCUCACGGAGAGUUUCAAGCUGUUCGGGGAGUAUGAUCAGCGCAUGCUCGGGGUGGUCGACGCCUGCUCGUCGGGCACGGGCGCGCCGAGUUGGAAGAUGGCUGGCGUCUACGAGGGCGAGGCCAGCUCGAUGGACGCCAUCGCCCCCGCCCUGCGCAAGUGGGGCCUCGCCGAGGUGAAGGACCAGAACGGGGUGGAGCAGGCGCUGCGGGCCGCGUCGACGGCGGCCGAGGCCGCGGUGCAGGGGCGGGACGGGGGGGCCGCGGCAGAGGCGAGCCGGCCGCCCCCGAUGGCGGGUGACCUAGACGACGGGUCGCGGAUUGGCCCCCCAUGCCGCGGCCCACUGAGAGUGGAGUAUUUUCGGGCGAACGGCCGCCCCAAGCUUUCUGACCAGUUCCCGAUCGCGCUGCCGCCGCUGGAGCCUGCGCCGAUUUCGGGAGGGCGUCGCUCGAAGGGAUACCGCGAGCGAGAUCAUGUGCGGCAGCUCGUCGAGGGCGCGUCUAAUGCUAAUUGGCUAGCCGAGACUGAUGACCACCGACUGCCUGAUGUCCGCGGGCGGCUUCGGCGUGUUCCGGAGCUUCUUGGCCGGGCGAUUCGCGAGCGUGACGAGGUCAUGGCCUACGUGGAGCAGCUGGCAGAGCAUCAGAUGCGUGACGGGGGCCACGAGUAUAACUGUGACAAGGCGUCCAGCUACAGGAUGGACGCCUCGAUGACUACGCUCGCACCGUGCCGGCGAGGUCGGGUCACCCUGCCUGAGAAGCAGGGCGCGGCGCCGUCCGUUUUCGACUUGGUGGGGGAUCGUGGCCGCGGCUAUCUGGAGGGCGCAGGAGGGCGCAUGCUCGAUCCCACUGCUAGUGACACAGUUACCGACGAUGCCGAGCGAUGCUAUGUCGAUCCCCAGCUCGCCAGCAACCCGAAGCUCCACCCCCGCUUCGUGCGCGACCUGACGGCCAAGAACAUGCUGGUCUUUGGCACGUGGGCCCACGAGCGGACAGGUCUCUUUUCUGCGCGAAAGAAGAAUGGGAAGCUUCGACUCAUCGUCGACGGGAGGCGGUCCGAUCGGCGGUUCGCGCCGCCGCCUCGCGUCGAUCUCUUGACGGCCGAGGGCUCGGGCCGCGUUGAAGUCGAGCUUCCCGACGAUCAGGGGCUUUCAUCGCUGUGCUGCGGCACGGCUGACGUGCAGGGCGCCUUCCACAGGAUGGGCAUCCCCUUGUGGCUCUCCCGUUGGUUUGGGCCCCCUCGCGCGCGAGCUCGGGGCGUCGGGGUCGCCUCUUGCGAGGGCGGGCCUCUGGCGCCAGACGACCUGGUGGCGCCGAUGCCGCGACGCCUUCCGAAGGGUUUUGCCUGGGGCCUCUUCUUCGCCCAGGACGUAGACGAGGAGGUCGCGAGCCGAGUGCUACCCCGAGGUGAGCUGCUGCGCGACCGCGGGCAGCCCCUCGCCCCCUCGCUGCGGGGCGAGGCCGCCGCCGCCACGCGCCGCUACAUCUACGUUGACAACACUGGGGUGUUUGGCGCCGGCGGCCGCGUGGUGGCCUCGAAGCUCGUCGGCGUCGUCACGGCCUUCGAGUCCCGCGGCUUGGCGGCGCACGAGGUGUCCACCUCCGACGAGGGGGCCGAGGCGCUGGGCGCGCUGCUCGCGGGGGCCAUCUUGGGCCACGCCACCUUCUGCGGGCUGCUUCGGCGUGAGACGCUGUCCGCGUUCACCACCGUCUACCAUUUCGUCAGGGCUCACUACGACCACGCCGUCGCUCUCUGGUCGUCGGCCGCGGGCGAGCUCCGCACCUUUGCUGGGCUCAUGGUCCUCCUCGUGUCCGACUGGGGGUCGAACUGGGGCCCCCUGAUUGUUUCGUCGGAUGCCUCCGAGUGGGGUUGCGGGCUUUGCAGCCGCUGGAGCAGCGUCGACGACGUGGCAGCUGCGGUCCGCGUGCGGGGGCGCGACCGCUACCUCGACCCCGACCGCGUCGCUGCUCGUGCCGCUGUCUUGGGAUUCCCCCAGGCCGCGGCGCCCUCCGCGCCCGCCGAGCCCGACGACCUGCUGGGCGCUUGCGGGAAGAGCGGCUUGACGGCCGACUCCUUUUUCGAGGAGGUGCCCGCGCCCUUGCUGGAUAGCGGUUCUUGGAGUACCGUUGGCGCAUGGCCGUUCUCUGCAGAAGAGGACAUCCUGGUGCUUGAGGCGCGGGCGCUGCUCCGCGGGCUCGAGCGAGCUGGGGCCGGGGCGCUGAAGACGGCGGCUGGGCUCUGGGGGAUCUCAGACGACGAGGUGGCGCAGCUGCUGUCGGAGUUGCGCCGCCGCCGUCAGCGGGGGCCAGGGCCAGAGGGCCCCUCGAGCUCGGAGGGCGAGCCCGAGGCCACGCCGACCUCCCGAACGAUCGCAUAUACUCGGACCCCUCCGCCGCGGGCCAAGAAAACUCUCGAGGCCUUGCUCGAGGCCAGGACGCUGCCAGACCUUGCCCACUUCACCGCGGGGGAGCACGCCGCCGUGAUACCGUGGACGGAGGCCCAGUACGCUCAGGAGAUGGCGACUUUCAGAAGGUUCGCCGACGCCGAAAAGCUGCUCGACAUCCCAGUCACGGACCUGGACGACCUGCUGGUGAGCUAUGGACCGCCAGAUCCAUCAGGGCCCAUCCAGCUGAUGGCCCUGGAGCCCGAGUACUUGUACCCGCCGUCGCAGGUGGCGACCUUCUGGGCGGUUCAGCUCAACCCCGAGCCCAAGGGCGCCCCGUCCAAGGCGAAGGAGUUCGACGUGACGAUCGAGCUCGACCACAACUGGUGGCCCCGCCUUUCUCCGAUGCCCAUGGCGCUGAAGAGUUUGCCUGCGGGGCGGCGGGUGCGAUCUUUCACCCGCCCGCGGCCGGCGGCGACGGUGGCCAAGGUGGCGAAGGACCUCGGUUUCGACCCGGCGGUGCACCAGGCUCGGCACAGCGGCGCCAGCGCGGACACGUCGCCCCGCAAGCGCACCUUGGCCGAGGUCAAGAAGCGAGGCGGCUGGAAAGCCGAUCGGUUCGUGGUGAGGUACGAGAAGGGCGCCGGUCUAGCCAGCACGUGGCCCCGCCACACUCGCCGGUUGCAGAGCCACUCCGAGCGGUGCGAGGAGAGGUUC